UCACGUUUAUUCUCCUGUCAUAAACUUUGGUUUCGUUUUGUCUUGUGUGCAAUGCAUUUGAUGAUCUCAUUUUAAUGUUUUAUUGAAUAAACACCGAAUUAUAUGAAUAAAUCAUCACAUAAACCUUAAAAAUGGAGUUAAACGAUGUAAUAGUUAACCAACCCGUGGUCAUUGACAAUGGUUCAGGGGUAAUCAAAGCUGGCUUUGCUGGUGACCAGAUUCCUAAAUGCAGAUUUCCAAACUACAUUGGGCGCCCAAAACAUGUCCGGGUGAUGGCCGGAGCCCUAGAGGGGGAGUUGUUUGUAGGCCCUCGUGCCGAGGAGCACCGCGGGUUGCUCAGUAUCAAAUACCCCAUGGAACACGGAAUUGUCACAGACUGGAAUGACAUGGAACGAGUCUGGAACUAUAUUUAUAGCAAGGACCAACUGUCAACGUUCUCGGAGGAGCACCCGGUACUGCUGACGGAGGCUCCCCUGAACCCACGUCGCAACAGGGAGAAGGCGGCCGAGGUGUUCUUUGAAACAUUCAACGUUCCAGCUCUGUUCCUGUCAAUGCAGGCGGUGCUAAGUUUAUACGCGACCGGGCGCACCACCGGCGUGGUCCUCGACUCCGGGGACGGCGUCACCCACGCGGUGCCGAUAUACGAGGGGUUCGCGAUGCCUCACAGCAUCAUGAGGGUGGACGUGGCCGGUCGUGACGUCACCAGGUACCUCCGCUUAUUGCUACGCAAAGAGGGCGUGAACCUACGCACAUCGGCCGAACUGGAGAUCGUAAAGGCGAUUAAGGAACGCGCCUGCUACCUCUCCCCUAAUCCCCUUAAAGAGGAGACCCUGGAGACUGAGAGAGCUCAGUAUACUCUGCCUGAUGGUACCCAGCUUGAGAUUGGACCGGCGAGGUUCCGUGCACCAGAAGUGCUGUUCAGGCCUGAUCUCAUCGGCGAGGAGUACGAGGGUCUCCACGAAGUGCUAAUGUUCUCCAUCCAGAAAUCUGACAUGGAUUUAAGGAAGGUGCUCUACCAGAACAUAGUGCUGAGCGGCGGCAGCACCCUUUUCCGAGGAUUUGGAGACCGCUUGCUGGCGGAGAUCAGGAGGCUGGCGCCCAAGGACAUGAAGAUCAGGAUCUCAGCGCCACAAGAGCGCCUCUACUCCACAUGGAUAGGCGGUUCGAUUCUGGCGUCCCUGGACACAUUCCGUAAAAUGUGGGUGUCUAAGCGCGAGUACGACGAAGAAGGUACAAGAGCUGUGCACCGCAAGACUUUCUAGACAAACAUACACACGGAAUAUAAGUUGAAUCAAAAUGGCGGCGAUUGAUAUUUGCUAGAUGUUACUGAAAUGCGAGAUAUCUGUGUUAACAUCUCGUUUUGGAUGUACAAAACUGACACUCGCGUCCUGCUUUUCAAAUACCGGUAAUUUUGGUAUAGGUACUGCCUUUAGUGUUACCGGUACUUGAGUCUCGAUCAGGCUCCGGUAAUUACUUGUGUUGUACAUUUUGCCUUGUACGGUACCGGUAUUUGGAAUUUUUUAAAGGAACGCAUUUAUUCAGUUGUAAAACAGUUUUGUAGGAUGUGAGUUUCGGUUUUGUAUUUUAAUUCUAUAACGCUUUCUCUGUAAAAUUAUUCAGUAUGUCAAAAUUAAUUCAAAACUAAAUAAUUAAUUUUAAAAAAAUUAACCGUUUCUUUAUUAUAUUCUUAUACUGAGUCUAAUUAAGUCAUAAAGCUGAACUGGGCCUUUUAGUGUUUUCAAGACUGUUGGCUCUGACUACCCUGUUAAGGAUAGAGACGUGAUUAUAUGUACGUGGAGUCCCAUAAAAACUAACGACUUUUCAGAUAAGGCUUUGAAUAGACUGUAUUAGCACAGGAAUGGAAAAAAGUGGGCAUCUAAAAUAUGUGCUCAUUUCUUUUCAUUCUAACAAAUUGAGAGCAUAAAAAUGUUAAAUCUAAAAAAUGAAUUUUCAAAAAUCAACCUUAAGUAGUCACUAAUAAAUAUGCUUAUCUCGCAAUAUUGCAAUUAUGUACAUUUUGUUUAGAUAUGAUUUACGCAGCUAAUGUAUGCAGAGUUAUGUGUAAGCACGAUAGUAUUUUAUUGUUUAAAGACAAUUUUUUUAUCUGUAAUAAAUUAUUUUUUUUCGUAUAA